AUGCAGCCCACAGCGAAGUUCUUCCACGUGGCAGUGCUUGGUCUGGCCGGUCUGGCCAGCGCCAGCACUAGCAACCACGAUGCCUCAUUAGACCCAACCAAAUGCGCGCUCGAGCCCUCAGCGAUGGUAUCCGAUGCCUGCGUCUCAUACGGUGAAAUCAACGGAAUCAACGACCUCAUCUUUACGACCCUCAACUCAAUCACUCAAGAAACCGAUUUCUUCUCCUUCUAUCGUCUCAACCUUUUCAACACAGAAUGCCCUUUUUGGUCCGAUGCCAACAGCAUGUGCGGUAAUAUCGCAUGCUCGGUUAACACCAUUGAAUCCGAAGACGACAUUCCUCUUACCUGGCGCGCCGAGGAGCUGAGCAAGCUAGAAGGCCCGAAGGCAAACCACCCACCUCGCAAGAUCCAAGCCCAGCGUCCGAAAGAACGUCCUCUCCAGGGCGAGUUGGGUGAAGAUGUCGGAGAGAGUUGUGUGGUUGAAUACGACGACGAAUGUGACGACCGCGACUACUGUGUUCCGGAGGACGAGGGUUCGACCGGCAAGGGAGAUUAUGUGAGCUUAGUGGACAACCCAGAGCGGUUUACAGGAUACAUGGGAGAGGGCGCGCAUCAGGUUUGGAAUGCCAUCUACAGCGAGAAUUGCUUCAUGAAGCCCAUGGCCGAUGAGUUGGAGGAUCAGACUCUGAACGUUCCGCUGGGUGGCCUCCAGGCUGCUUCGGACUUCCGCGACGUGCUUCACAAGAAAACACAGCGUCCAGAGGGUCUUCCUUUGGACAAUGAGUGUUUGGAGAAGCGAGUAUUCCACCGUUUGAUCAGCGGAAUGCACGCUUCCAUUUCCACUCAUCUGUGCUGGGAUUACCUGAACCAGACCACCGGUCAGUGGCAUCCCAAUGUGCAGUGUUUCAAGGAGAGACUCCUGGACCACCCCGAGCGCAUCUCCAACAUGUAUUUCAAUUACGCGCUCGUCUCCCGCGCUGUCACCAAGCUCCGCAAACACCUGAACGGUUACACGUUCUGUACGAGCGAUCCCGCACAAGACCGCGAGACCAAGAAGCGUGUCAACAAGCUGACCUCGACUUUGAGCGAGGUUCCUCAGAUUUUCGACGAGAAGAUCAUGUUCCAAGACCCAGGUGCCCUAGGCCUGAAGGAGGACUUCCGCAACCGCUUCCGCAACGUCAGCCGCCUGAUGGACUGCGUGGGUUGCGAUAAGUGCCGACUCUGGGGCAAGCUCCAGGUCAACGGAUACGGAACUGCCUUGAAGGUGCUGUUUGACUACGAUGAAACCAAGAACGGCGAAAACCCACCCCUUCGCCGCACCGAGCUGGUCGCCCUCAUCAACACCCUCGGUCGCAUCUCUCACAGCAUUGCUGCUUCGCGCAGUAUGCAGCGCGCCCUUCUGACCGGCACCACUCACAUGUUCCCGGUCCAUGGCGCGGUGCCCUCCUCGCACCAUGCCAACGCUCUCAGUGGACAGGGCGGAAAGCGUGUGUUUAAGGAUGGAAACAACAACUUCUACUAUGAAGAUGAGGGUGAAGAAGAUUAUAUCUACGGUCGCGAACAGGUGGAGCACUAUCCCUGGGAGCGGAAGCCUCUGGGCCCGGACGCCGGAGUCUGGGACGAUAUCAAGCAAGAGUGGGAUAUGGUCUGGGGCACAGUCGGAUACAUCUGGCAAGCGUGGAUGGAUAUUCCACGGACACUAUUCCAAAUUGGCACGUGGGAGUCCAUCCGACUGUAUAACUACUGGCUCGGUUUGCCGGUGCCACCUCGCGCUUGGAAGUUGAAGGCGCCCGAGCCGCGCCCUCACACUCUGCCGAAUAAUCAUCCUCGUCGGGAUGAGUUGUGA